GAACAAGCAAACAAGAUCAUUCAAUCAGGACUAAUCAUUGAGAGGAAGGAGCUUCCUGAUGCUACACAGUGCAUAAAGUGCUCUAUUCUGCCAUAUGACCAUGAUGCAAAGGACUGCCUAAAUAUGACAAAAUAUGGACAGUGUGUGGGCGGUCAUACAACCAGAGACUGCAAAGUCACAGACCGUAAAAAAUUUCACUGCAUCAACUGCAAGGUCAAUGGCCAUGGCACUAUUGACCAUAAUGCAUAUUCUUCUUUCACUAGAGCUACCAACAUUGUACAUAGUCAACAUCUUGAGUUAAAAUAUAGAUACUUUGUGACUGAGGACCCUGCUAUAUGGGCCAUCUAUGAUGUUCAAACACAAGCUGAAACUGCAUGCCCUUUGAAGGUGAUAAGCAAAAGUACAAGCAGACCAAACACCCAAAGUGACACUACAAUGUCGUCCUUGGGGAGUUUCCUGGUCUUGCCCCAUAUGACUUGA